CAAAACGCAUACAGUUCAUGACAUGGUGAAAUCUCACAGAAUGUUUGGCUGUUUGCGAUUUUGACGUAAUGUUUACGUAUGUCAUGGCUGGAUGGGAGGGUAGCGCAAAUGAUGCCCAUGUGUUCAUGGAUUGCCUCAACAAUGAUCGGAAUUUUCGUUGGCCAUCAAAUGGUAAAUACUACUUUGUGGAUUACGCUUAUCCCAAUUUUUCUGGAUUUUUGGUGCCGUACUGUCAGGAUCGUUAUUAUAUCAACUCGUUUAGAGGUAACAACCGUCAAGCUCGUGAACCGAAAGAAUUAUUUAACCAGCAUCGCUCUCAAUUGCGUAAUGUCAUUAAACGGGCAUUUGGUGUGUUAAAGAACAUAUUCCCUAUUCUUAAAGGACCUAUGCCCCACUACAGCUUAGAGCGUUAGCGGGAUCUUGUCAUCGCAUGUUGUGUCAUCUAUAACUUUAUACGAAAAUUUUCCAUCGAUGAUCAUUUCUUUGAACUUGGAGAACGGGGAGAGUUUGAAAGUUCUGACAAUGAAGCAAACAAUGAGUUUCGUCGUUUGCCUCAACAAUCGCAAGAAGAUAUUGACACGCAAGCAGCCUUCCGCGAUGCAAUGGCCGGCCAUUUGUGGGAUGGCCGAGGGAU